AUGUUGGAUGCCCGAAAAUCAUCAGAUGUGAAUGAGCCCUCAGUUGGCAAGUUCAAGCACAUCAACAUCUCCCAUUACUACGUCAACAUCUCCCAUUACUACAUCAACAGCUCCCAUUACUACAUCAACAGCUCCCAGUACUACAUCAACAGCUCCCAUUACUACAUCAACAGCUCCCAGUACUACAUCAACAGCUCCCAGUACUACAUCAAAAUCUCCCAGUACUUCAUCAACAGCUCCCAGUACUACGUCAACAGCUCCCAGUACUACGUCAACAGCUCCCAGUACUACAUCAACAUCUCCCAUUACUACAUCAACAGCUCCCAGUACUACAUCAAAAUCUCCCAGUACUUCAUCAACAGCUCCCAUACUUCAUCAACAGCUCCCAGUACUACGUCAACAGCUCCCAGUACUACAUCAAAAUCUCCCAGUACUUCAUCAACAGCUCCCAGUACUACGUCAACAGCUCCCAGUACUACGUCAACAGCUCCCAGUACUACAUCAACAGCUCCCAGUACUACAUCAACAUCUCCCAGUACUUCAUCAACAGCUCCCAGUACUACGUCAACAGCUCCCAGUACUACGUCAACAGCUCCCAGUACUACAUCAACAGCUCCCAGUACUACAUCAACAGCUCCCAGUACUACAUCAACAUCUCCCAGUACUUCAUCAACAGCUCCCAGUACUACGUCAACAGCUCCCAGUACUACGUCAACAGCUCCCAGUACUUCAUCAACAGCUCCCAGUACUACGUCAACAGCUCCCAGUACUACGUCAACAGCUCCCAGUACUUCAUCAACAGCUCCCAGUACUACGUCAACAGCUCCCAGUACUACGUCAACAGCUCCCAGUACUUCAUCAACAGCUCCCAGUACUACAUCAACAGCUCCCAGUACUACAUCAACAUCUCCCAGUACUUCAUCAACAGCUCCCAGUACUACGUCAACAGCUCCCAGUACUACGUCAACAGAUACCAGUACUACGUCAACAGAUACCAGUACUACAUCAACAAAUGAAUCACGAUCAGGCGAAAUCCCCUUGACCAUCUUUGGCUUUGGAGGCUUUGGAUUUAUAGUUGUUAUAGUUAUAGUUGUAAGAGGUAAUUAGUCAUAUUAAUAUUACGGUACAGUAUAUCAUAUUCACUUUCUCUUAUUUGUUUUGGAAUGAUUUUGUCUAUUGCGUUUUGCACUGUAAUGUUUGCAAAAGCCAAAUGUUUUAGAUGUGUACAUUUUUGGUUUUGUUUGUUUUGCACUCGUUUAUUGGAAUCCUAUGUAAGAUCUUGAAGUUUUUUUUGUUAAU